GGAGGACAGAGUUUGCAUUGAUGAAAACCCUCCCCAGCUCUUUGAAGCCUCUUUCCCACUGCCUGAGCCCAGCGACCUAGUCCUCUUCGUCCCGCACCCGUCACUCGCUGCCAGGAUGGCGUCCUGUCUGGCCCUGCGCAUGGCGCUGCUGCUGGUCUCGGGGGUCCUGGCUCCUGCGGUGCUCACAGCAGACGGUCCUCAGGAGCCUGAUCCCACCCUGUGGAACGAGCCCAUCGAGCUGCCGUCUGGGGAAGGCCCCGUGGAGAGCACCAGUGUCGGCCAGGAACCCGAGGCCACCGGGCCACCUGUCCCCACAUCCGCGCCGGGCCUGGAGGACAGCACCGCGCAGGAGCGGCUGGAGCCCGGCGGCGGCUCGCUGGGGCCCGGCGCCAUCGCCGCCAUCGUCAUCGCCGCCCUGCUGGCCACCUGCGUGGUGCUGGCGCUGGUGGUCGUCGCCCUGAGAAAGUUCUCCGCCUCCUGAAGCCAAUAAAGUAGCCGCGCCCGCCUGCCCGCGGCCACCGGA